GCCUCCAAGAAGAUUCGUGGAAACUACAACAAUCUAUGGGCAUGUGCGACAGGAAUCGUACGCACAAAGGGUUUUCCUGCCCUCUACACCGGAUUAAUGGUGUCAAUUGCAGUUUCCGCCCCUUCCUCCGCCAUCUUCCUCACAGCCUAUGAGCAGGCCAAGCGGGCAGCAGAAGAUACCAUAAACUCGCUCACAGGUUUUCGUCCCUCAAAGCCAAGAGAGAGCGGCAGCAGAAGUAGAAUUGACGGAGAAUCACUGGCAGGGUGGAGUGUUGGUUCUGGAGAAUGGCAUGCUGAUGAUUGGUGGAGUGAGGAGAGACGAGCACGGGCGCGAUCGGUGCUCCUGCCUGCAGCCCCAGCCCUAGCAGCAGUGGCUGGGAAUGUGAUGUCCAGCCUGGUGCGGGUGCCACCAGAGGUGGUGAAGCAGCGUGUGCAGGCAGGGCAGUUUGCUGGGCUCCUUGCUGCCGUCACCAGCAUGUGGAGGGCGGAAGGGCUGCCUGGGUUCUACACUGGAUACUCCACCAUGGUGGCUAGGGACAUUCCCUAUGCAGCCAUACAGUUCACGACCUUUGAAACGCUCAAGCGCAGGCGAGAGAGAAUUCUUGCAGCACGGGCUCUGGCUUCCAGUGAGGCCAGCAGAGGAAGCUCCACAGGUUUUCCAGGUUUAUCAGGCUCAACAGGACAAGGGAGCAAGUCUGUGGCAGCUCGCCAGUUAUCGCAAGGCGAAUUGCUUCUCAGCAACAUGUGGAUUGGAGCUGUGAGUGCAAGGAUUGGAACUGGUUAUUGUGAUCAUUCCCAUGCAGAUUGUGGGAAAGGUCAUCUUCACAAGCCUUUUUGUGUGUUUCUCAUCCAUCAGAUGGCAGGGGCCAUGGCCACAAUAUUCACUUCUCCCUUGGACGUUCUCAAGACACGGGUCAUGACCCAAGAGGUUUUACCGGGGCAAGCAUACCUAGGCACCAGACAAAUGCUUGCAAAAGUGUGGGCUGAAGAGGGAAUUGUGGCAUUCGGCCGUGGAAUGACACCCAGGUUGCUCUACAAG